AUGGCAUUCAUGGGAGUGGCAGUUGCACCGGCAACGACGCCGGGUUCGGACCCGGAGGAACUGGCCUCGGCUGGUGAGAUAUGUCCACCGGCGUCGGCUCCAGCAGGCGGGAUCUCGUUGAAACUGAAUAAACAUUUGCGGCAGUCACGGCGUGCGAAGAGGUCUGCUACAGCUGCCAGUGGACCGGUGACGAGAUCGUCGUCUUUGUCGGGGUCGUCGGUUCCGGGGUCGGCAGGCGGUCAGAGGGACAAUGAACCAGAUAUGGAUAUCCAGCCCAAACUACAUAUCAAGGCCAUGAGGAUCAAUCCUGCGAAGCAGAUGAGAUACCAAUCGGAUCUGGGUGCGGGUGCGGUGAUUGCGUCUGUAUCGGGUUCGGCAUUGGGAUCAGGAAGAGGAGCUGGAGGAGGGGCUGGAGCAGGAGCAGGGUCCGGAUCAGGGUCUAAUGUUGCAUCAAGCUCGCCAUCGAGUUCCAGUUCACGAGCCAGUUCGCAUUCUCGUACUCGUUCACAGUCUCAUACGCGGUCCAGUUCGAAUCCAAUUAUACGUGAUAAUGGAGCGACUGCUCAUUUGAACAUCCCGUUACCGCCCAUUCCCACUGCUCAUACUGAUAAUAUCGUCAAUUUACUAACGCCGCCAUCGGGCAAUGGGUUUAAAAGCAUUGACCCGUUAGUGAUUCCUCCUGCUAAGAGCACACCGGCUACUCCGCCCAUGUCACCGACUAAAGAGACGGCAGAGCAUAUUGAAGACCAGUCGUUAGACAUUUCUACAGCACCUUCGACUGUAACAUCUGGCAAAUCAAUAUCUCCGUCACAAUCUCCUCCACAGUCUGAAUCACAUACUCCACCACCACCACUGGCUCCUCUCGAGAAUCCUCUUAAUACCGCACAAACGGCGUGUGAAUCAGCCACAAGUAGAAUUCCAUUGAUCUCGGCACGAACGCUGGCGUCAGCGAUAGACGACCAUUACUCGAAACAUCUGCCGGAAGUGGAUUCUGUGUUUCCCUGGAUGCACGGACUGCAUCCUAAGAACCUAUGCCAGCGAGCGUUUCUCGAUCCGUUGAAGAGGUAUCGGGAUAGUUCGGGAGUUUAUUUCGAUCUGUCUCGGGUUAAUGAGGACUUGUUAGACGACUCGUCGAUUUUUUUGACUCCGAAUGAUGUUCAUGGACUGAUGAUUGUUAAAGUUGGCGAUGAGAACAACUAUUACGGUACAUUAGUGGGUACAGUUGGUAUUGACGAGAUUCUUGCACGAAGAGAUGGUCUUGGCGAAGACGAGCUGGAUGAGUGGAGAUUGGGUACAGUUCCUGCUGCGACUGUGAAUGCGACUGCGACUGCGACUGCCAGUGCCACUGAGAGUGCUACUGCAACGGCAUGUGCGAGUGUGAGUGAGAGUGAGAGCACAAAUGCAACGGCAACUGCCAGCGCAACUGCGACAGUAAUAGCUUCUACGACAGCUUCGGGUGAUACCUCAACAACCGCUUCAGCAAUUGUAUCUGAAGAGACUCUGAACUCUGCCGGAGAAAUGGAUAUUGUCGAUGCAGAUGCUGCUAGUUCGACCCCAGUGGCUGUGCCUGUAGAAGUGACCAAUGCAGCUAAAGACGCUGUGAACUAUGCCAAACAAAUGAGAAAACAGAGUUUCAACGGCGAUACUACUACUGUCAAAGACUCCUCUGACAAUUCAGCUGAUGCUGAUUUUGUCAUGGUAGACGAGUCAGAUACAGACUCGCCCGACAACUACUGUCCUUAUAUUGGCAAAUUUCUCUGUCUCGACCCUCCUGAAGGCAUUUCACUGCGAAACUUUCAAAUCCAAGUCGCCAAAUGGGCCACUCUAUCCAACAUCUGUAUUUAUGCACCAGAUCCCAAAGACCGUGGGUACGCUAGAAAACUAGCGUUGCUCGUCAACCAAGCUCAACGAGACUUUCACCAGUCCAAUCCUCAUAUCAGCAUGUACAAGACAUUUGUGUGUGAUGCCACUGUCGACGAAAUGUUGAAAAUUGCCCCUCACACAGUGUCGAUACCCCCUCAGCUAUUAGUAGUGGAUGAAGAAGAAGUCAGACUGAAGAACUGGGAUUCCAACUUUUUGUUUCAUGAGAGAGUCGAGAUGUCGAUGAUGUCAAGUGCUUCACCAAUAGCUUGUGACGUAACAAAUACCAAUCUGUCGGGAGGAGUGUGGCUCGGAAAUACUGUUGAUUUCGAGACAUACAUUGACAUGUGCCAAUCUCCCAUUGAGACUAGUGUGAUUGACGAAUCGAUUCGCACCAGAAACUGGGCUACAUUUAUUGAAUGUUUUGAAGGGCCACAACUCCCACCGUUCCAAGUGAUUGAUCAGUAUAUUAAAGAAGCCGAGACGAUUAUUGCAUAUACCGAGAAUAAGACCCGACCAACUACCAGCUUGACUCCUCUGUCUAUCCAGUUUCCUUCAUCUGGAUCAAUUCCUCUAUCUGAAUGUAACGACGAUGUGUUUUUCGCCAUUGUCAGUCUUUGCAAGUUGAUGUAUUUACGGUCGAAAGUCCCUCAUCGCGAUGGACAAGCUGGUGUACUAAUUUACUGCAACGACGGCUAUACGGAAACAAGUCUAUUGGCAUUGGCAUAUACUAUCUACGCUACAGGGGUAAGCUCAUCACAGGCAUGGAUUGAUCUACACGUGAAAUACAGUCGACCAUUUUUCUGUUUCACUGUCGACGUACUGGUGAUCAUGGCAUUAGAAAGAGUUCUCUUAGAAUACUCACCAGCCAUCCCCACUAGUAGGUAUUACAACAACAAUGGAGCGGUAUAUAAACAACCAUCCAUUGGUAAUAGCCUGCAAAUAUCGAAUGAAAUGCCCGCAUGGUUUGUGAAGCUCGAUGGAAGCUUGCCAUCGAAGAUUUUGCCUCACAUGUACCUAGGAUCAUUACACCAUGCGGAGAACCCCGAGAUGCUUGUUCAACUAGGAAUUAAACGAAUUCUCAGUGUAGGAGAGUCACUGACUUGGAUGUGCUAUGAAAAUGAAAUGCCGCGAACGUCCGAGUCUAGCGGGUUUAUAUAUGACAAGCCAUCUGAAGGGCUUUCAAAGGUCAUGUACAUGGACAACAUCCAGGACGAUGGUGUAGACGCAUUAACAAACUCAUUGGCAGCUUGUUUGCAGUUUAUAGAUGAGGGAUACAAAGCUGGCGAGCCGACUUUAGUGCAUUGUAGAGUAGGAGUAUCCAGAUCAGCUACCGUGUGUAUUGCAGAAGUUAUGAAACGACUCAGUGUGGGAUUACCAAGAGCAUAUUUGUUUGUACGAGUUCGACGAUUGAACGUGAUUAUUCAACCCAACCUUCGAUUUAUGUACGAGUUGGUUAAAUGGGAAGAGAUGAACCGGCAGAACGGCGAGGGCUGGCUGCGAGAAGUUGACUGGCAUAUUCUGUGUAGAGAGAUUUCAAUCAUCAACAAGGUGUAUAUUUCCUGA